UGAAUAUCAACCAGUAAAACGUCAGUGCGAAUUGCGACGCCGUGUUAUCCAGACCAUUUUGACAAUGCUUAAAAAUCCAAAAUACAUUUACGGUCCAUCAGAUCGCUUGAUACCGGCCAAUAUAAACUUUGGUGAAUUUAUGUUAAAAAAAAUAAAUGAAAAUAAUGAUAAAAUCGCGUUGAUAAACGGGUCUACACAUGAACAACAGACGUACCAUCAACUUCAACAGGAAGCUAUAAAUCUCGCUGUCUCCCUCACACACUUAGGUGUUAAAAAAGGAGACGUGAUCGCUAUUAGUUCAGAAAAUCGGAGAGAAUUCUGGAGUACUUUGAUUGGAAGUUCGUGCACGGGAGCUAUCGUUACCACUAUUAAUGUUGGAUAUACGAAUGAUGAACUCAAACACGUUAUGUCGAUUUCAAAACCGAAAUAUAUAUUUUGUUCACCCUUCGCUUACAAAACGCAUAUGAAGAUAUACAAAACCCUCAGUCACUUAAAGCAGAUCUUUAUAUUCGGCGAUGAGAGUCCUUCAAAUACAAUUUUAUACAAAGAUUUAGCAAUAGCAAAUAACGAUAAAACUAAUAACGUUAAGCGUUACAAAAUAACGCGUAACGUUACAUUUGAGGAGUUCCAAGUGGUAGAUGUUGAAGGACAAAAUGACGUAGUAUUAAUUUUAUACUCAUCGGGAACAACAGGAUUGCCGAAGGGAGUGAUGUUGACCCAUCUUAAUGUCAUAACGUUAUGCUCCCCUAGUUUUGUUUUACCGCCAUUGAAGCCAUUAAAUAUCACACCAUGGUACCACUCAAUGGGACUUCUCAGUACUUUAGCGAACUUUUGCAAGGGAGUUACGUCAGUUUACCUGCCCAAGUUCGAGGUGGAAUUAUACUUGAAGACUAUUGAAAGAUAUGAGAUUUCCCAGUUGGCGGUAGUGCCUGCAAUGCUUAUCGCUUUAUGCAAAUCAAAUUUGAAAUAUGACACAAGUUCUGUCCAAAUUAUAUUCUGUGGAGCUGCACCUUUAUAUGAAGAAACCGCGGAGGCUGUUAAGCAAAGAUUUCCGAGUGCACAGGCUAUCCUUCAAGGCUACGGGAUGACAGAAACGACUCUUGCUAUUUCGGUCAACUUUAAUCCAGACAAAAUCGGUAGUGUUGGAUCGGUAAUCUCUCAUACUGUUGCUAAGGUCGUGAACCCAGAAACGAGAGAGCCUCUUGGUCCUAACGAAAAGGGGGAAAUAUGCGUGAAAAGCAUUAUGGGUAUGAAAGGCUAUGUAGGAAAGGACAGACGUGAUGAUUUCGAUGAUGAAGGUUUUAUUAAAACCGGUGACAUUGGGUACUAUGACGAAGAAGGAUAUUUGUACAUCGUUGAUCGAUUAAAGGAACUCAUUAAAUACAAAGCAUAUCAGGUACCACCAGCAGAAAUAGAAGCAGUGCUCCUCAAAAACCCUGACAUCCGAGACGCUGGUGUGAUAGGUAUUCCACAUCCAACCGCUGGGGAGGUACCUCUAGCGUUCGUCGUGUUACAACCUGGGAAAACCCUUACAGAGAAGGAUGUUCAAGACUUCGUCGCUGAACGGCUCUCAAAUCCUAAGCAUCUUCGUGGUGGAGUCAAAUUCAUAAAUGAAAUACCGAAGACCCAAACUGGCAAGAUAUUAAGAAAGGAUUUAAGAAAAAUGUUUAAAUCCGCCAAAAGUAAACUCUAAUGCUAUACAUAUAAAGUCCUUUUUACGUUGGUUUUAAAAGGUUAUUAAGUUUGAUUUCAAUUGAAUCUGAAAAAUACUAUAAUUUUUCCAUUUUUUUUAUAUAGUGUUGUAUGUUGAGAAUUGUAUAUUUUAAUAGAAAUUACUCAAACAUGUAAUCCCUAUGGGGUCAAUGAUAUUUGAUAUGUGAUUAAGACUGCUAUGAGAUCGAUAAUAAUAUUAUUAAUUUUAAUAUGAAUUGUAAAAAAAAAUUAAUAAAUGAGGUAUUUUUUAAAGUUUGGAAACGGUUUCUAGUAAUAAGACAAAAUGACUUCUUAAAUAAAUUAUUUUUUAAU